GUGUACUCUCCGUCGUCAUCUUCGUCGUUUUUAGUUGUUCGCGCACAUGAAACUUUACAGACAUAAGCAGCAGUACACAAACUCUACUCGUUCGUCGGUGCCGAUCGGUGUAUUGUUAUUUUGGUUGUGCGCUGCAGCAUUGUUUUCACUGUGUGUGCUCUCGUUUUGCUCAUUUCUUAUUGAAUCGAGUGUUGAUGGUCGUGGCGAUUGGACGUAUAUUAUUGCUGUGAAACGUGUGCUUCUAGAUUGAUUUUGCUGUGCAUUUGAAUUUGACGCAAACGAAUCGUGUAGACCGGAACAAAAACGUUUAAAUUGUGUUUAAUUGACUCUUUUGAUUUUUACUGACUCGCGCGCAAGUUGUAUUCCAUGCGCGAUACGAAAGAGAAAAAAAUCAUACAAAAACCGAAUCACGAAAUAGAACGAAACGAAAUAAAUAAAAGUGCAACGAAAACUAGAAGAUCGGUAUUUCUUAUCGCAAAAGACUGCACUGGAAAAUUAAGAGACAAAAACGAACCGAGUAGCAGCCACGUUUGAAGCCGUUAAAUAUGGAAACGGUUGAAACUAGUGAAAUGUCAAAAUCUGGCUUCCUCGGGAUAUAAGCAAAAAGCCUGUCAAAAAUUAAAUUGAAUCGCAUCGAAGAAUCGCAGUGUCGUCGUGAACGGCACCAAGUGCAGUGGAAAAGGUGAGAGAAAGAGAGAAUAAAGUGACCGCAGCACGAAAAAGACUCACUGACUUCAAGUGUUGGCCUUUGCUAGUGCAGCAUCUCGUUGCGGUUGCUAGUGCCCUCAUCUGGCUGAAAGAUUUUGAGACACUACGAAAAGUAAACGCUUCUCGCUUUUUGGCAAAGAGAAAAUGGGGUUUUCAUCGGGUAAAUCAGCGCAUGAUGCAUUGCUUUCACGACAAGAUGCCGAACUACGAUUGCUCGAGAUAAUGAAACGGUGUUUAUUACAAAAAGUAAAAUGUGAUAAGGAAUACGCAGUCGCUUUGACGGCAGCCGCUCAACUUGGUCUUAAAAUUGAUCGUGCCGACGAUUUGCAAGGAAGCCAAAUAAUGAAAGUAUGGCGUUCGUUUAUGGAAGAAUGGGAACAAACAGCGAAGCAAUUUAAGUCGAAUGCCGAAUUCUUGGAAUCUUUGUGCCAAGAUAAGCUAACACAUUUGUACCAAGAUAAGCGGAAGGCACGUAAAAAUUAUCAAGAAGAACAUCAGAAAAUUGCGACACAUUUCACCAAUAUAUCAGAAGAUGUGACGAGGAAAAAAUGUGAAUACCAAAAACACCUAGAAUAUUACAAACUAUUGCGAUCGAAGUUCGAGGAGCAUUACAUAAAAGCUGGUCGGGGUGGUCGAAAAUUAGACGAUGUUCGUGAUAAAUACCAAAAAGCAUGUCGAAAACUUCAUUUAGCGCAUAACGAAUACGUUUUACUGAUAAGUGAGGCUUCCGAAGUCGAAACGGACUUCCGAACAAUUCUAUUGCCCGGCUUAUUGGAAAAUCAACAAUCCAUACAAGAAGAAUUCGUCAUUGUCUGGAAGAGCAUCUUGCAGGAAACAUCCCAAUAUAGUGAUCUGACUUCAAACUCUUUCCAAGACAUUCAGAGAAGAAUAGAAAGCAGUAUACAAAGUAUUCACCCGGCUGAGGAGUAUCGAGAGUUUACUGAACGGCAUAAAACAUCACCACCAACACCGAUUGUGUUUCAAUUUGAUCAAACGCUUAUAGAAGAUAAAGACACGUUAGGAAAACUUCAACCGAACACACUGACUGUGGAUAAUUUGACAGUUGAUUGGUUACGCAAUAGACUCAUCGAACUCGAGACCUCCGUAAAAGAUUGUCAAGACAAACAAACAAAAGUUCAAUCGGACUACGGCACAAAUGCUUCAAUUUCCAUUCAAUCAACCCUAACAAAUGGAAUCGGACGAAAGGAAAAUAACAAACAUUCGAAAGACGUGGCAAUAUUGCGGUGUCAGGAGAAGCAAAUGCUCAAAAUGGCCGAUUUGAUAAAGACUGCAUUGAAUGACGUUGGUUGUGAAGAGCUUCCGUCUGGAUGUGAUGACAUUUCCGUUGAUCCGAGCUUCAUUGAGAACAAUAUUAGCAACAAUGAUCAGCAACCGAUGUCACAUGCGGCCGCCACGUUUAUUCUGCAAAAAAGUAAUGAAGUGCUGUCAAUGAUCAAAGCAUUCAAGCGAAAAGCAAACAGCAACGCAAACGGUGUAACCACAACACAAAAUGAUGCCUCGAACUCAUCGAUGCCGCAAUCGAAGCGAACAUCAGCGGUAAAUUGCAUGAAAUUGAGUCUGAACGACAACCGUGUGUUAUUGUAUGAUAAUUCUGAUGCUUCUAAUAGUAAUAUUUACACUGAAAUUGAUUUACGCGAUGUUUUGCCUACUACUAAAAACCUUGUAACCGAACCAAGUCCGACAAGUUCAAAUGAAUCCAUAUCAUCCGAUAUUCUACGUCUUCUUUUCAACGACUCAAAUGAUUUGCAACUUACAAAUGAUCAUAAUCAAUCGGAAACAAAUCAAAUCGAUAGCUACGUAAACGAAUCCAUCACAUCUCAAGCAAUCGUUCAAAUGGAAACGAAUGUCAUAAAUGGUAGAGUUGUGACUGAGCAAAACCCAUAUGAAAUUAAUAGUUCUGCGCAGAAUGUCGCCAGUAAAGUUGCAUUGUGUCAACCGUCUGAGCGAACAGAUGAAUUGGCUGAAAGUGCUACGACAAUAUCCGACACAUCGUCCAAAUCGAAUACUUUUUUUGCGAACAUAAGCAAGUCACUGAAAAAUAAGCUGAAACAUAUGGUGAAUGAGGAGGUAGUUUCAGAAGAGUCAUUAUCUGAAACUGUGGCCAAUACUGCUAGUGGGAAUGGGCUAGACAAAGAUGAAAAGGCUAGCCUGAAAAAGCGGUUGAAAUUCAAAUUGAAAACAGGAUUGCAUCUGUUCAAAGAUGCCAAGAUGACCCUAUCAACAAAUCGACCACUGUACGAAGAGGAAUGGUUCCAUGGUGUAUUGCCACGCGAGGAAGUCGUUCGAUUGCUGAAAAAUGAAGGCGAUUUUUUGGUGCGUGAAACAAUUCGAAACGAUGAAAGUCAAAUAGUAUUAAGUGUUUGCUGGAAUGGUCACAAACACUUUAUCGUGCAAACGACCAUUGAUGGUCACUAUCGCUUUGAAGGUCCCGCAUUUCCAAGUAUACAAGAACUGAUUAUGCAUCAACACUUAUCCGAAUUGCCGGUGACUGGUCGUUCGGGUGCCGUACUCAAGCGACCUGUAACUCGCGAAAUUUGGGAGUUAAGCAAUGACGAUGUUGUUUUGUUGGAUAAAAUUGGACGAGGGAAUUUCGGAGAUGUGUACAAGGCUCGUUUGAAAUCGAAUAAAAAUGAGGUUGCCGUGAAAACCUGUCGCAUGACAUUGCCCGAUGAACAAAAGCGUAAAUUUUUGCAAGAGGGCCGCAUCUUAAAACAGUACGAUCAUCCAAAUAUAGUCAAGCUGAUUGGAAUAUGUGUACAAAAGCAACCAAUAAUGAUUGUUAUGGAGCUAGUGCCCGGUGGUUCGUUGCUAAGUUUCUUAAGAAAAAACAGCGCCACAUUGAACACUAAGCAAUUGAUUGGAAUGUGUAGGGAUGCUGCAGCAGGUAUGCGAUAUUUGGAAUCCAAGAACUGCAUCCACCGAGACUUAGCCGCACGCAAUUGCUUGAUAGGAUAUGAGAACAUAGUGAAAAUUUCCGACUUUGGGAUGUCACGAGAGGAAGAAGAAUAUAUUGUAUCCGAUGGAAUGAAACAAAUUCCCAUCAAAUGGACUGCACCAGAAGCGCUAAAUUUCGGAAAGUACACAAGUCUGUGCGACGUUUGGUCGUAUGGAAUAUUAAUGUUCGAGAUUUUUUCCAAAGGUGAUACGCCUUAUGCUGGUAUGAGCAAUUCACGAGCUAGGGAACGAAUCGAUGCUGGUUAUCGGAUGCAGGCUCCAGAAUGUGCAACACCUGAAAUCUACAGACUUAUGCUGAAAUGUUGGGAAUACGAGCCGGAAAGCCGCCCUCACUUUGACGAAAUACACACAAUAGUAGACUCACUAGCAAAUAGUUAAGUCCACCGUCCGUAGAAGAUAAAUAAACUGAUAAAAAAUUAUUGAACAAACCCGCUACUUCAUCUCAAACAUAUAUACAUACAAAUUCUCCAUUUUUAUAAAAAUAAAUAUCAUAAUGAAUCGAAAUUUA